UAUCCUUAAAUCGCCAUUUCCCUCUCACCUUGUAAUUCUUUGAUAAUAAAAAAUUUCUGCUUUCCUCGAUCAUCGUUCCUGCAUCACCCAAAAUGGCUCUUCAAGAGUCGAAAUUGCUAAUGUUGUUUCUGCUAAUACUUUCCAUCAAAAUAGACGCGACCUACGAGCAUGCCACAAGCGGUACUGUUUCGUCUUCGUCGUCGUCAUGGCUGAAGAAAGUUGCUCACCGGCCAAGACAUAUUGGGUGUUCGAAAAGACCAUUGAUGUGCAGCCGAGGAGAGUUCCCUCCGAGGAGGCUGUGUUGCAGAAAUCGCUGUGUCGAUGUGAAAUCAGACAGAAACAAUUGUGGGUUCUGUGGUGUGAGAUGUGUCUUUAACAUGCAGUGUUGUGCAGGUUUGUGUACCGACACAAACAUCGACCCUUUCAACUGUGGUUCCUGUGGAAAUGUGUGCUCCCUCGGGAACUUGUGUGUGUUUGGGUUGUGUGGUUACGCACAACAACCACCACCACCUCUACCACCGUCGUGUCCUCCAACGCCACCGUCUCCACCACCGCCAUGUCCUCCAAUAUAUGCUGCCAGUACGGUUAGAAGUUCAUCAUCAGCCCUCUGAACUUUAAUAAAUUAAGUUCAAACGCAAUCCACAAAAGAAGAUCAAAUUGAUAAUGAAUAUCUAUGGAUCGUUUAAUUUGUUUGCAUUACUCACAUUUACUAAGAUUCAUUUUUUAUGUGCUUAUUAUAUAUGAUUUUAA